GAUUCUGAGGAAGAGACGGGAGGAAGUCUCUGCGUAGAACCCGUUAAAGAAAAAGAGCCAGCAGGAGAGAAGCCCAUCUCCACCUCUGUCCCCGAAGGAGGUCAAAAUGCAUCUGACGCAGCACCAGACAACAAUGGAGGGAAUGUGAGCGACGCUUCUCUCGAACUGAUGGAGCCCUCCGACCUGGUGGUCAUUCAUAUCGAUGAAUCGGACAAUGAGGAUGCACAAACUGCUGCAGUCCAGCAGGAGCUUCCUCAGAAGUCUGUCAGUGUGGAUUUCAGUUCCUUAAGCACACAGACGUCUCAGCAAAACGAUGAUGAGAGUAAAGUUCAGCCUACACUGAAAUAUGCCGACGUUCCUUCAGAGUGCGUUGAAGUGGUUGAGGAUGAGGAGCCGUCUGUUGGAGAUUUUUUGAAUCACACAGGCCCCAUCCACGGCCUUCAAGUUCACGAGGGCCUGUUGUACACAUGUUCAGGGGACAACACAGCGCGGGCCUACAGUCUGGUGACUAGGGAGUGCCAAGCAGUGUUUGAAGGUCACACAAACAAAGUCAACUGUCUGCUGGUGUCGUCCCUCCCGAACAUGCCGGCACACCUCUACACGGGAUCCAGUGACCAGACGAUCCGCUGUUACAGCACAAAGGGCACGAAGUGUCUGGAGCAGAUCACUCUAUCAGACCGAGUGUUGUGUUUGCACAUCGCCUGGAACAUCCUGUAUGCUGGACUCGCCAAUGGAUCAGUGGCCAGCUAUGAUUUAAAGACUCUGAAGCACUUAGAUCUAUUCGAGUGCCACGGCCCGCGAGGUGUGAGCUGUCUGGGUACGGCACAGGAGGGCGCCCGCCGAGUGCUGCUGGUCGGCUCCUACGACAGCACCAUCAGCGUACGAGACGCCAAGAGCAGCCUGCUGCUGCGCUCGCUGGAGGGUCACACCAAAACUGUACUCUGUAUGAAGGUGGUCAAUGACCUGGUGUUCAGCGGCUCCAGCGACACAUCUGUUCAUGCCCACAACAUCCACACGGGUGAGUUGGUUCGAAUCUACAAAGGUCACAAUCACGCCGUCACGUCCAUAGUCAUCCUGGGGAAAGUGAUGGUGACAGCCUGUCUGGAUAAACUGGUCCGAGUUUAUGAGCUACAGUCCCAUGACCGCCUGCAGGUGUACGGCGGUCACAGUGACAUGGUGAUGUGCAUGGCCGUACAUAAGAGCGUGGUCUACACAGGCUGUUAUGAUGGCACUGUUCAAGGCGUGAAGCUCAACUUGUUGAAGAACUACCGCUGCUGGUGGCACAAUUGCACUAUGAUCUUCGGUAAUCCAGAGCAUCUGUCGCAGCACCUCGUCAAAGAUCACAGCAACCCAGACCUGCAGGCAGUCAAGUGUCGCUGGAGAGGCUGCAGCACAUUCUUUGGCACGCAGCAGUCUGUUCAGGAGAAGCUGCCUGAACACAUGCAAAGCCACGUGGAGACGGACAGUGAAGUGCAGCCUUGACAGCAGCGGUGAGGAAGUGAUGCAGCAGAUACGGUUGGAGUCGCAUCCAUUACAGCACAUCAGCUGAUUAUUAUUUUUUUGGUUCCCAAAUUCUUUUCAAGAUUUUCGGCUUAAUUUCCAAUGUAAUAUACUUUAUUCCUGUUAUUUUCUAGCUUUUGAGGUGCUGAUCACAUCUCUUUGGUCUCGUGCGUUUGAUCUCUGUGACAGUGAGUGACCGGCAGCUUCUUAUUGGUUCCUGAAUCCUUGUUGGAGUUGUAUGACAGGAUUGAGACGUUUAAUCUAUUUUCUGUAAUUCGUCGUUAUUAAUGCGUAAAAGGAUUCAUCACUCUGUCUCUGGAUCUGUUGGUCGGCAAGUUGUUUUCUUGUCACUGAACCAUAUUAAACAUUAAUCCUCUUCAGAAAUGUAAUUUAGUAAAUACGAAUCUAAUUAUUCUUAACAUUUCUACAACUAUGCUGCACUGGCACAAACACCUCCGAGUAGCUUUUCUGAAGCAGCCAUCUUAACACCCAGUGUGUGUUACCAUCCGUCUAAACACACACACACACACAAGUUAUUUUAAAGGAGUAUUUCACCCAUUUAACGUUGCGCUCGUCACAUUAUCGGAUUUACGAUAGACGGUUUAAAAAGAGAAAUAAUUGAUGCAGCAGAACCAGGGAUAUUAUUUUUAUUCCAUGCAUUCAUCUUCCUUGUUAAAACCUUCCUCCUACAAUACCCACAAUGCAACUCGACCGCCGACAGCUCGGUUUAUACGACUUUGUUUCACAUGUGUAGUUGUUUUCCCCAAGACCUGUAAACUGUCUGUAAUGUGUACAAUGUGUGGAGUUCCCUUUUUUUAAAGAUGAAAUGUUUUAGAAAUCCCCAACAACAACUUGAUAUUCGCAGGAAGGGUCGCAGCUCUAAGGGAUUGUCAAAUCAAUCAGUUUUUCAAAGUUCUGGUCCUGAGAUUAUACUCACAGGGACAUCUGGAUGUUUGUGGAAAUAAACAGCGGGUUCAACAAAACAUAGACUAAUAUUUAGCAACCUGGACUUUCUGUAUAAAGAAUACAAAUUGUAUCUCUACCUGUUUUUCAGUCAGAUUUCUCUUUUUUGAAUUUUCUUCCUAAUAUCACAGUCUCAUGUCCCACUUGAGAACUUUACUGUUGACUGAGAGGUUUGGUUAUAACAAAUAAAUAUGUUUUGCAUCAUUACAUUUAUAAAUCUAUUCAUUUCAACUUUGACAUUGCAGUAGCAGUAGAGUUAUUGUAGGCAUUGUACUUUUCCCCUGUAUCGCUUUGUACAACACAUAUUUGAAAACUUUCAUUUUGGGCAAGUGGAAGAAGUAGUAGUGAAGUUGUGAGACCAAACUGUCCACAGAGUAACUUCUAAGAAUGCCAUUUUAAAACCAUGCCUUAAUUUGUGUAUGUCAUACUGCACAGUGUGUAUUUGAUUUGUGUGUAAUACCUAAUGUACGUGUACAGCAAUAAAAAAAAAAACAUACAAAUAUCA